CCGGCUUAGCGGCGAUCAGUUAAGCUGCGCUUCCAGAGGUUUCACUGAACCUAGGGCCCCGGAAGCUGGUUGUGAGCUGAGGCGCGGGAGGAGGCAAGCAUUGUCCUCACCGCACUGAGACGGGUCUGAGCCUCGGUGGCCGCGCCCAGGGUGAGCCGGGUGCCCGCCGCGGUCGUUCUCCUGUGUCCGCUCCGCCCUCAGAGUCCGAUGGCGGCCGCUGUGCUAAGGGACCCUGCUCUGGGGCAUGUGACCUUUGAGGACGUGGCCGUCUGCUUCUCCCAGGAGGAGUGGAAACUGCUUGACGAAGCUCAAAGGCUCCUAUACUGCAGUGUGAUGCUGGAGAACUUUGCACUUACUGCCUCUCUGGGACUUACAUCUUCCAAGAGCCAUGAAAUAAUCCAACUGGAGUCAUGGGGAGAGUCCUUCAUGCCUGCCUGGGGAUUCAUGGCGCCAGCUAUGCCAAAAGGUUGUUGGCAUGGAGUGGAGGCUAAGGAGACUCCUUCUGAGCAGAGUGCUUCUGUAGAAGUACUGCUCGGUUCACAUGUUUACCAACACCAGAAGAUGCACUGUAGAGAGAAACUCUUAAAAAGAGAAGGAGGGUGGGUCCCAGUUCUAAGGAGCUGCAGAGUCCACCUGUCAGAGAAGCCUUUCCACAGCAGAGAGGACGGGAAGGACUUUCCCACUAGCGUGGGUCUUCACAAGCACCAGGUGACUCACACUGGAGGGGAGUCACACAGGAGCACCAAAAGUGGGGAGGCCCUUCACACUGGAAAAAGGCGUUACAAAUGCAUUGAAUGUGGGAAAGCCUUUGGUCAGAAAUAUUUACUUGUUCAGCACCAGAGACUACACACUGGAGAAAAGCCUUAUGAAUGCAGUGAAUGUGGGAAAUUAUUUAGCCAUAAAUCCAACCUUUUCAUACACCAAAUAGUUCACACUGGAGAAAGGCCUUAUGGGUGUAGUGAAUGUGGAAAAUCCUUUAGCCGCAAUGCUGACCUCAUUCAGCACCAGAGAGUUCACACUGGAGAAAAGCCUUUUACAUGCAAUGAGUGUGGAAAAGCUUUCAGGCAUAAUUCUACACUUGUUCAGCAUCACAGAAUCCACACUGGAGUAAGGCCUUAUGAGUGCAGCAAAUGUGGGAAAUUCUUUAGCUUCAACUCCAGCCUUAUGAAACAUCAGAGAGUUCACACUGGAGAAAGACCUUAUAAGUGCAGUGAAUGUGGGAAAUUUUAUAGCCACAAGUCCAGCCUUAUUAAUCACUGGCGAGUUCACACUGGAGAAAGGCCAUAUGAGUGCAGUGAAUGUGGGAAAUUUUUCAGCCAAAGCUCUAGCCUCAUGCAACAUCGAAAAGUUCACACUGGAGAAAAGCCUUUUAAAUGCAAUGAAUGUGGGAGAUUCUUUAGUGAAAAUUCCAGCCUUGUUAAGCAUCAGAGAGUUCAUACUGGAGCAAGGCCUUAUGAAUGCAGAGAAUGUGGAAAGUUUUUUCGCCACAGCUCCAGUCUUGUUAAACAUCGGAGGAUUCACACGGGAGAAAUGCCUUAUGAGUGCAGCAAUUGUGGGAAAUCCUUCAGCCAGCGUUUCAACCUCAUUCAACACCAGAAAGUUCACACUGGGAAAAGUCUUGAAUGCAAAAAAUGUGGGAAAGCCUUUAGCCACACCUCCAAUCUUAUUCAUCACUGAAGAUUUCACAAACCUGAAAGGCCUUAUGAAAGAAUAAGGUCUUAUGCAAAAAAUGUGGAAAAACCUUUUUAACCAUUUGGUUAAAAUGUCUGCUCUGCUGCAGCAACAGAAACUUUACAACCCAAAUAGGCCUUAUGCAUACAGUGAAAGUAGAGAAAGGUCUUAGGAGUGCACGGUACAUGACACCUCCUAGUCUAUAUAACUUACUUAAUAUGGAGAAACACUGAGAGUACCCUUUAUGAGGGAGCCAGCAAUUGAACAUUAUACAUACAAAUUUGCACACUGGGGACAGGAUGAGAAUUCCUGACAGAUUGCCUCUCCCAAGAAGAUAGCACUCUGCCUGGGAGCCCCAGGGAGAGGGAGCCCUGUGUUCUCAGAUCCACCAGUCUGGAGUAGAGUUUCCAUCUUGUUGAGUUAAGAAGGAAGGAGGGAAGGAGUUGUCUUCCUUCAAAGGUGACUGAUUUACUGUUGUUACUGAAUGUUCGAUUUUCUUGAAUAAUUAUUUUUUAACUUGCUAUAUACCUGUAGCACCAUUUCCAGAGACUUUGAAUUGUGUUUUUAUAAUUUUUGCUAGUUUGGCUGAGUCUAUGAAGUUUUUCAUGCUGUCAUGCUGGAAUUUGAUCCAAAUGUUUAAAUUAUCAAGAACCUGAAAAGUUGUGUUCUAAAUAAUUAUGCAUUUCACAUGUCCUCUUGGAGUAUUUUUUUUUUAAGACAGAGUCUGGAGUCCUUCUUGAUCCUGAAGUGUAUUAGGUGCCGCUGUUGCUGCUCGUGUUAAAUCCAGAACCGUAGCUGGACAUGGGUCUGGAGGACGUACAAAAGAUGCUGACUGGAUCUGGAGAUCCCAAAGAGGAGGAAAAGGAAGAGGAGGAAUUAGUGGAUCCCCUAACAACAGUGAGAGAGCAAUGUGAGCAGCUGGAGAAAUGUGUAAAGGCCCGGGAGCGGCUAGAGGUCUGUGGUGAGCGUGUCUCCUCCUGGUCACAUAUAGAAGAGGAUUGCACAGAGGAGCUCUUUGACUUCUUGCAUGCAAGGGACCACUGCGUGGCCCACAAACUCUUCAACAGCCUGAAAUAAAUGUGCAGACUCAUUCACAUCAGCCUUCAUCACCUGGGCAUCAGGAUUUUGAAUAUGCCAUUUGUUUUUAAUUUGUGUAAAAGUUCAUAUGAACCUCAUGGAUUUUGGCUUAGGCAAGUAGCUUCUGUGUAAUUAGCAGUGAUUCCAUCUUAAUAAAAUUUUGGGAACUGCAAAAAAAAAAAAA